UCUGGAGAAGAAGAAGAAGAAGAAGAAGGUCCAAAAAGGCAGUGCAGCUGAAACGGACCAUCCAAAGAGCCCGACUUUUUCCUCCCCCGUCUCUCUCUCUCUCUGAAAGAGAGAACCCUCUUCAGGAUUUCAGUUCUCGUCUCGAAAUGCGCGAUCAUCGUCAUUGGAACGAAACGGAGGCACCCGCGACGGCGAGGCGAGAGCUGCGCGCUGUCGUCGAGCAGUGUUCUUGACGUGCGUGUUGAGGUUCGCGUUUGGUGGGUGGAAGUAAUUUAUCACGGGGGCAGGUAAGUGAUUGCCGGGAGUGUGUUCUUUUCCGUCUGGGUGUGCUCAGAUUUUCUCUCCGCGUAAGUUUUGAUAGUGAAGAGAGGACAAAGGAGGAAUUUUUACCGAUAAAUUUCGCUGAGAAUCUUGAUAGAAGAAUAAAAAAGCUAGCUUUUUGUUGAUCAUGGCGGUACCUGAGAAUGCUGGAGUGAAGAUCGGGUCGUCGGCUCAGAAUCCGGACACGAGUGCUAAGCCAUCGGAGUCGAAAGAUUUUGACAAACCAAAACCCAGAAAUGAUGUCAGUGUUAAGACCAGUGAUGGCGUUCGUGUUCCUAAUGCGUUGACAAAUGAUCGAGUCAGUGGGAGGGAUGUUUCCUUCAAUGGCGAGAGUCGGGUGGGUCAGAUGAGAAAUGGGUCGGACGCUCAAGUCAAGAACCAGCUGAUGGCUAUCAAGGGCGGUGGAUUUGCAAAUGGGACUCAUUUCGGAUCGACUGUUGUGGAUAGUGAUGUUCAGAAGCUGGUCGAGAUUCUGUCAAAGUUGAAUCCUAUGGCCGAGGAGUUUGUGCCUCCUUCGCUUGUUUAUAACCAUGGACAUAUGGGAGAUGGAGGAUUUCCUUUUGCUUACAAUUUGGCAGUUCAUGAUUAUGUGGCUACUGUUAAUGGCUAUUCGCCGAAAAGGAGAAGGAAUAUCAGUAGCACUGGUAGGCGAAGGAUGAACAAUAGAACUAGCAUGGCGCAGCGUGAAGAGGUGAUUAGGAGGACUGUGUAUGUCUCCGACAUAGAUCAACAGGUUACUGAAGAACAACUUGCUGCCCUCUUUAAUAGUUGUGGACAGGUUGUGGACUGUCGUGUAUGUGGUGAUCCUAAUUCCUGUCUUCGUUUUGCUUUUAUAGAGUUUACCGAUGAAGAAGGUGCACAGGCUGCCUUGAAUCUGGCUGGAAUGAUGCUUGGUUUCUAUCCAGUCAGGGUGAUGCCUUCAAAAACUGCAAUUGCACCUGUUAACCCAACAUUUUUGCCGAGGUCUGAUGAUGAACGUGAGAUGUGCUCAAGAACUGUUUACUGCACAAAUAUUGACAAGAAGGUUACUCAUGGAGAGGUCAAGCUCUUCUUUGAAUUAUCGUGUGGAGAAGUUCGGCGCCUGAGGCUUCUUGGAGAUUACCACCAUUCUACCCGCAUCGCUUUUGUUGAGUUCCUGAUGGCAGAAAGUGCAAUUGCUGCUCUUAGCUGCAGUGGGGCGGUUCUUGGAUCAUUACCCAUAAGGGUGAGCCCAUCAAAGACACCUGUCAGGCCACGUGCACCGCCUCGCUCUCCCGUGCAUUGAGUUUGCCCUAUGCCCAUCAGUUGGCUACUUGCUGCUUCACAAAUAUAUAUGUACACAUGAACAGAUCCAGAGUAAUUACGUGGCACUAGCGUAGUACAUAUAUCUACUCAUGUCCUUAACGUAUCCGACAUGUAGAUUCCGCACCUUGCCGCCGGCCUUAGUACUUUUUAUUUACCGAGCUCAUAGAGCUGAGAAUGAACUUUUCAAAGGUUAUGUUGCUCUAGUGAUCCAAGAUUUCCCCUUUUAAACGCUGUCACUGGUCUAAUUUUUCACAAGUUUAAGAUUCCUGAACAAAAUGUCAUUCUUUGGUA